CACUCAGCGGCCCGGGUCGCGCGCGCUGUGGAGUCACCCUGGCGCCAUGAGCGGCCGCGGCUACAGCUACAGCGCGGGGGUGCUGGUCGGCAACUGGAACGAGGACGUGUGUCUGGAGGAGGGCCUUCUGAAAGACUUUCUGCACAAGAGGGAGCGAGGAGAACUUCUGAUCCAGAAGUCGCGGAGCCUGAAAAAUAACCUGCUGAAGAAGAUCCCGCUAUCCAUUUCUAAGGAUGGAUUUGUUCACUUUGGAGACACUGUGAUGCUUGUGAACCCCGAUAACAACAAAUCACCUAUGGAGAAUUACCCUGCAGUGUGCGGCAAUCUAUCUCUGGCAGUGCUUCCAGAUGAAAUAGCAGUGCAUACAGCCGAUUCAUUACAAGCCCCCUGUGAAGUGAGCGCCAUCAAAAGCGUGAACCCUGUUGGUCGAAAUACAUUUCGUAUCUUAAGCACAGAAGGAAAUUCAAUGGGUGAACCCAUUAGAUUUGGACAGAAUUUUGGUCUGGGAGCAACAGGGGGUUUUGCAGAUCAAAUGUUAUAUCUAGGAAGUGACCAUAAAUCAUUUAUGAGAUUUGCUAAAAAAUCAUACCUUCAGCAAGUGUUUUUGACAGAUGAACUCUCUUAUCUGACGUGUUGGCAAGCUACCUUUCUGGAUCCACAACUGCGCUUAGAAUAUGAAGGAUUUCCUGUUCCUGCAAAUAGUAAACUCCUUAUCACCCACUGCCAUACAAAUCGGGGCUUAGCUGUGCCUAGGAACUAUUGGAUAAGUUCAUACUUUGGAAAGGAAUAUGAAGUCAUCUGUCACACUUAUCUGGAUUCCCAUAAAGCUGAAGAAGAUAAGAAUUACUGGAUCAUAGUUACUGGGAAUCCCAGUGAUGAAGAAAGUACUAUGUUUGAUAGACCUAAGCCACUCUCAGAAAAGACAAGAGAGCAUCCAUCAGAUGAGACCAGAGAUGGAGAAAUGAAAUUUACGCAGGACCAUAGAAUGGAGUAGUCCAAGAUGAAACAUUUUUAUUUAUGCUUUUCUGAAAUGAAAAGUCUAAUCUGAUGGGAAUAACUGGAGCUUCAAAUGCAUUUUGUGGCUUUUUUGUUCUCAUUUUAUUUUAAAACAGAUUUUUUUUUUUACUUUAAAAGUGGAUAUGACAGUCUGCCAUUAGUUACACUAUCUACAGUGAAAUCAGCAGGCUUGCAUAAGAAUUUGGGCAACAAAUUUUUGUUACCUCCACAUAACCUACCCUCCAUUAUUUUUCUUAAUUAAGUAAGGAUUGAUUUUCAAUUUUGACAUGUGUUAAUAAUAGUGUAGCAGAAAACUUUAAAACUAACAGAUUUUAUGCUGUUAGCCCUAAGAGCUUACUUAAUCAUUUCUUGCAAAUAAGGCAGUGUCUGUAUUUUUAAAGCAGGGGGUUUCAGUAGUUUCCAAGCCAUUAAUAGCCAAAGGCAUAUCAGAAAGAGACUUUCUUACUUUACCAAUUGAGACAUUUUUAUCAGUGAAUGUCUUCCUUAUCUUGCCCAACAGCAUAUAGGCAUUAUUUAAAAAGCAUGAAUCAGGCCUCAAAAAGAUCAUGAGUUUGGCUUUAAAAUGGUGAGAUUUAAAAAGCAAAACCAAAAAAUGAUACAUUUGAGGCUUUUACAUUUGCCUUCAGGAUUCAGAACCAGUAAGAGUUAUGUAUUCAAGGCCAAAAAUCUUAGUUCCUUAUUUUGCAGAAAAGUUGAGAUUGUUGUGAGUACAAGACAUUACACUUGAAGAAGCACCAAGUACUGUAAGAUUCAUGAUAACAUCAGAAGAACCACCAUACCUUGACAAUAGGUCUGCAAUGACUUUCAUAAAUUAGGGUACAACACCGCACCACACAUAAUAAAGCUGAAUGUUUGCAUAUUGCUUUUUGUCUGAAAGAGCUUCAUAAACUUUGUACAACUAGGAAUCAUACAUUCCGCAGAAUGGAAGAACAGCAGGACUCAGGCGGGCUGUUGGUGCAAAACAGGGGAAACGGGAAUUCUUGGUUAAGAUACCAGGAUAAAUCUCCCUUAUUGGAAGAAAUUCCAGUGGAUCUUUAUGGCUGUGCAAAUCGGACAAUACUUUGGUUUUUAAGAUUUAACUGUUAUAAGCACCACAGAACUUUAUUUUGACAGAACGAAGGCUAAGCUGUACCUGUCAUGAAUCAAUUUUCCCCCCCAGACAAUCAGGUUCAUACCUUAUUCCUAGACUUUUAAGCUAUUAGCUUUGUCUAACAACAAUAAAAGGAACAAAAGUAAGUUUCAUUUGCAACUGGC